AUGUACAAACUUGACCCCACGUCAUGCAUUCUCCCCGUUGAAGAUAGGCCUGUCGAGUUAAGACAUCAACAUUUUGUGAUCACCCCAAACUUUCAAGACCAAGUGCUUGCAUGCAAGGGCAUCUAUGCUUUAAGCACGACAGCAUCCACUUGCGGGGACUCGUGUUUUUUUUCUCUUGAUGUCCAUGACCUGCUUAUUGAUUCCGUAGUCGAUGCCAGAAACUCUCAGAAGCUGAAGUAUUCCAUCAAGGAAAAUGAAAAUGCAUCGUGUGACAUGUGUUCUCAAUAUUUGCAGGUUGAGAUUCCGAAAUUGCUAUGUGCCGAAAAUGAGUUCCGUAUCGAAAUAACUUGGAAAACGGAUGCCCGUUGCAGCGCUAUUCAAUGGCUACUACCUUUGCAAACAUUUUCAAAGUCGCAUCCCUACGUUUAUACGCAAUUGCAAGCCAUUCAUGCCAGAUCGCUUUUCCCCUGUCUUGAUUCUCCCAGCUUCAAGUGCAGCUACUCUGCAGUCAUUGAUUUAACAGAAUGCCCGGGAAUGAAGGCGGUUAUGUCCGCCCAAAGAAAGGCAUCGCCCUCUGAUCGCAGCUAUUUGUUUGCGUUUGCAAUUGGGAAUAUCGAUGGAAUUUGUAUCGGACCAAGAUCGACUGUAUAUGGAGAGCCGGUGCAGGUACAAAUUGCUGCAAAAGAGUUCUCCGAUACGGAGACGUUUUUGCAACUUGCUGAGAAGGUGGCCGGGUCGCCCUACAUGUGGACAGAUUAUAACAUUCUGGUAUUGCCGCCUGGAUUUCCUUUCGGGGGAAUGGAGAAUCCAUGUUUAACUUUUGUAACACCCUCUCUUUUGGCAGGAGACAAGUCGUUGGUUGAUGUCGUUAUCCAUGAAAUUUGCCAUAGCUGGACAGGGAAUAGCGUUACGUCUUGCUCUUGGGAGCAUUUUUGGCUGAACGAGGGCUGGACGAUGUUUCUUGAAAGAAAAAUCUUGUCCCAAAUCUAUGAUGAAAAGUAUAGACAUUUUUCUGCUCUCCUCGGAUUGGAAGAGCUCGCCGCAGAUGUCGAAGAGUACCGCCGAAAAUGCGAUCCAUCGCCAUGGACCAGAUUGGUUGUCGACCUUUCUAAUGGAAAAGAUCCAGAUGACGCGUUUUCCAGAGUCCCCUACGAAAAAGGGCACACUCUUUUAUUUUACUUGGAGACUAUUGUCGGGCAAGAUGCCUUUUUAUCCUACAUGCAAAAAUAUUUGAAACACUUUGCAACCAGAUCCAUUUCCACUGACGAAUGGCUCCAGCAUUUAAUUUCGUCCUUUCCAUGUGGAACAUUUGACACUGUUGAUUGGGAAGCCUGGUUGCACGGACAUGGAAUGCCCCCUAAGAUUCCCAAUUACGACACCAGCAUGAGGGAUAGCGUGCUUGUGCUGAUUGGAAAGUUGAUGUUGUUAUUAAGUCUUUAG